CUGAUGCUGUGUUUAGUUUGUGCACCGCUGCAACAUCCACAAUUUUGCACCAAAAUGUUUUUUUUAAGUUGAGCUGGACAGAUUUAGUGCUGUUGUGAGUGUGCAGUGUUUGGGUUUGUGUGUGAGGAAGCAGUGUGUGGUUGUCAGCUCAGAGGUGUCAGAGCUGAAGCACUUCCUCGUCCUUCUUUAACCUCAUCAUCACACCGACCUGCAGAGAACAUCAACGGCUCACAAUCCAGACUGACCUCACAUGUGACACACUGACUUCACAUUGUGUUACAGGACUACUAUCUCAGUUCAAUUAUUGGUGUGUGACACAAGAAGAACUGGUGGGAUGUAAAAAUCUGAUGACUUUGAUUUCGGCUGUAGAGCAGUUCUUUGUCCCUAUUGAGUGAUGCCUCGUUCUUUCUUGGUGAAGCGAGGAGGGUUGCACUACCUUGGAAAAAAGACGGGGUCCUGGGAUACGUACCUGGAGUACUCCACCACAGAAACAUCGGCGGUGCCCGUCGCAUUACUGCAGCAGGACCUUCCUGCUGCCAGCAAGCACCUUCAGCCACUCAGUCCCAAAUCUCACGACCAUAGAUCUGCUGAGCCCUGCGGUCCCGUCAACUCAGAUAAGUUUAGCGCCGUGGAGAAAGUGAAGUCUCGCCCUCCCACACCGGCGGUAUGGUCCAGACCUCAUGUGAGCUCAGGAUAUCCAGACAAACUGUCUGUGGGACUGGGAGACUUGACCCAGCAGCACCCUCACAUCCUGAGGGAGACCAGGAGCAGCGGCUGCUCCAAGACCACUGCUCCAAGGCAGGAGUGUCCACUCUGUGGCAAAAUAUUUCCAUGUCUGUCCAGUUUGAAGACUCACAUAUGCAGGUGUCAUGGUAGCAGAGCGCCGGCACACAUCAAGUCCAGCAGGACAGAUACUGAGCGGUCGCCAUGCAGGGGCAAGGAGAGGACGUUUGGCUGUACAGUGUGUGGGAAAGUGUUCAAGCGCUCCUCCACGCUCUCCACUCAUCUGCUCAUCCACUCAGACACCCGGCCCUACCCCUGCCAGUACUGUGGCAAACGCUUCCACCAGAAGUCUGACAUGAAGAAACACACCUUCAUACACACCGGCGAGAAGCCCCAUGUGUGUCAGAUAUGUGGGAAGGCGUUCAGCCAGAGCUCCAACCUCAUCACCCACAGCCGUAAACACAGGGACGACCGGCCACACCGCUGCCCCCGCUGCUUCUACGGCUUCCAGCGCAAAGUGGACCUUCGGCAGCACCAGGAGCGUCACUGCACCUACCGCUGACACAGCCGAGUCGACAUCUUCAGCCUUUUUUUAAUAGGACAGAGAGCUACUGACUGUGUUGACUACUUGUUCCCAAAAGUACUAGCUAUUCUGAGUUACUCUUAUGUUAAAAAACAAUGUUUUAUAUUUAUAUACAAGAAGGUUAGCUUUUUUUCUUUUAAUUAACAUCAUGUCAAGAGCAAAAUGACAAAUGUGGUUCCUCACAAAACAAUGAAUGGCAUUAGUCGGUUUAUAAGAGAUGGGAGUUUUUUAGGGAAAUGUUGUUUAUUUCCCGACAGGAUUCGUCCAUAUUCUCUGCACAUCUGUGAUCAUGUGAGGGCAGAAACCCAAAGUUUACAAAGACUACAGUGAAUAGUACUUUCCUCCUUACUUUUCUGCAAAUUAUCACAGCGAGAGUUCACACUGACCGCAAUAAACGAGUAUAUCAUUUGUG